AUGCUCGACCCUAUCGACCGGUCGACUCUCCACCAUCCCUCCCGGGGGACCCUUAACGAGAUCUACUCCACUGCGAUCUGCGGCAACGACCUGACCUCCUCUGUCCUCUACGUCAUUGGCGUCACCACCACCAUGGCUGGUCAGCUCGCCCCGAUCUGCCUGCUGAUUGUUGGCUUCGUCCUCUACCUCUUCAAGUCCGUUUAUGGCGAGGCUGGGACGGCUAUCCCACUCAACGGCGGAGCGUACAACCUCCUUCUGAACACAACCUCCAAGAACAUGGCAUCACUAGCCGCCUGCCUCACCAUCCUCUCCUACAUCGCCACGGCGGUGGUGAGUGCGACUGAGUGCAUGACGUACGCUGCCAACUUGUGCCCCUGGAUCGACAUCUACUGGGGCACUAUCCUCCUUCUUGGCUUCUUCUGCUUCCUCUCGGUCAUGGGGAUCACCGAGUCGGCGGUGGUGGCCGUUGGGAUCUUUAUCGUGCACAUGGGGUCGAUGGUGUUUCUUAUCUUCGUGGGAACCCUCUACACCUUCCAGAACCCUUCGAUCCUUGCGAACAACCUGAAGGAGCCUCUCAAGUACGACUGGCCACUCUCGAUCCUCUUCGGGUUCUGCACGGCCAUGCUGGGAGUGACGGGCUUCGAGACGUCGGCGAACUACAUUGAGGAGCAGCAGCGGGGAGUGUUUCCCAAGACGCUCUUCAACACCUGGUUCAUCGUCUUCUGCCUUAACCCUGUCCUGUCCAUUAUCUGCCUUGGCGUCCUCGACCUCCCCACCCUCGAGGCCCAUCACAGAGACGUGCUUGCCAAGACGGCCUACGACGCCGGAGGGAAGUACUUCGGACUGUGGAUCAGUGCUGACGCGGCCCUUGUGCUUGCUGGGGCUGUGCUGACUGCCUACGUCGGGGUGACUGGGCUGGUGAGGAGGCUGGCACUUGAUCGCUGCAUGCCGCAGCUGCUGCUGGCGGAGAACCGGUUCAGGAGGACGAACCAUCUGAUCCCUAUCUCCUUCUUCAUCCUCUGCUCCUCCCUCUUCAUCCUGCUGCAGGGCAGAGUGCGUUCGCUUGCCAACGUGUACACGCUGUCGUUCUUGUGCGUGAUGACGCUGUUCGCGGUCGGGAACAUGAUGCUCAAGUACAAGAGAGGAAGGAUAAGGAGACCGAUCCGCGCCUCGUGGUCGACCAACUUCGCAGCGCUGGCGGCUGUUGUCAUUGCGCUCAUCGGCAACGUUAUGCUUGCUCCUGGACAUCUCAUCUACUUCUUCAUCUACUUCAUCGUGGUCGCCGGCAUCACCUGGGCGAUGUUCGAGCGUAUCAGACACCUGCAGGAUCGGUUUGCGGGCGUCACUCAGCUGGCCAUGGACAAGAUCAGGUCGCAGAAGGUGGUGUUCUUCGCCAAGAACGACAACCUGGAGGUUCUCAACAAAGCUGUCAGCUAUGUCCAGCAGAACGAGCUCACCCGCUGGCUCAAGGUCGUCUAUGUGUACGAGGACCUUAACGAUCCCAUGAUCAAGGCCAUCGCCGAGAACCUCCGCGUUAUUGACCGCUGCUUCCCCAAGAUGGUGAUCGACCUCGUUCUCGUCCAGGGCACGUUCUCUCCCGAGGUCGUAGCACAGAUCUCCUCGAGGCUCGGCGUUCCGCGCAACUUUAUGUUCAUCGCCUGCCCCGGUGACAGGUUCCCCCAUGACAUCGGCGACUUCGGGGGAGUUCGGAUGAUCACGCACUAG